CGCGACGAGCGCUGUGGCUACGGCGGCAGCGGCGACUACGGCGGCGGGGCCCUGCGAGUGAGGAGGCGGCGGCGGCGGCGCCCGUCAGAUCCCGCUCGCCUUUUCCCUCAGGAGCCGGCGGCGAGGAGCAAGAGGAACAGCCCCAGGAGGCAACGGCGGCGGCGGGAGCAGCGCGGGCCCCGCCCCCUGUCAUGGCAGCCGUCCCCUCAGCCUUCCCGGGGCCGCUCCGGGCAGCAGCGCGGGCGGCGGAGGCGGCAGCGGCCAGGCCCGUCGGGUAGGAGGCCGCGGGACGAAGCCCAGCAGGGCAGCAGCCUCCCUCGCGGCGGCGGCGGCGGCAAUACCGGAGACCCGGCGCCAGGAGCAGGACGCGGCGGCGGCGACGACGGAGGGGACGAAGGGCGGCCUGUCAGCCACCGGGAGGAGCCGGAGGAGCAGCGCCAGGGGCGGCGGCGGCGGCGCUCCCUUCCCCCGCUCCGGUUCCCGCCCGCCCUCCGCCGGGGCCGCCGCCGGCCCUGCGCGGCGCCGCUGUUGGAUGUGGGAGAGGAUGGAGGCCAAGACGGUGGUCUACGACCUGGACACGUCCGGGGGGCUGAUGGAGGUGAGCGGAGCGGGAGGGCGAGGGCGCGCGGCGGCGGCGGCGGGAGGGCCCCCGACUCCCUCCUCUUGCUCCCCUUCCUCCGGUCUCCAUCCCGCUCACCCCUUUCUUCCUCUUUCCCCGACAUGGCAGCAAAUCCAGGCGCUGCUGGCGCCUCCCCGGAGCGACGACGGCGCCGGCGCGGGAGGCAGCGAGAAGCGGAGCCGCCGGCCGGACCGCAGCGGGGACCACCACCAGCACCACCACCACCCGGCGCAUCAUCACCACCAGCAGCACCACGCGUCGCCGCACCAUCACCACCACCCGGCGCACCACCAGCAGCACCACCACCACCCCGCGCACGGCGGAGACCGGCAGCACCACCCGGCGCACCAGCAUCAUCACUCGGCCCAGCAGCAGCGCCGGAGCGGCCGCGCCACCAACCACGACAGCUGCGACAGCUGCAAGGAAGGCGGCGACCUGCUCUGCUGCGACCACUGCCCCGCCGCCUUCCACCUCCAGUGCUGGUGAGAGACAGGGAGGAGGAGAGAGAAACGCGCACCCCCCCCAUCCCGCCUCCGAUUUGGAGUCACUCCGGGUCCUCCUUCCACCCAUCCCCGCCUUCGCAUGAUGCAUCCCUUCUCCCUUGCCCCUUCCUUCCAUCCAUUCGUGUGCAUGCCAUCUUCCCUGCAAACCCCGCUUACUUUUCUUUCCCGAUCCGGAGUCAUUCCAAAUCUCCCUUCCCUCCACCUCCCGUAGUAUCCAUGCCCUGCUGUUUCUUGACGAUUUCGGAGUCUCCUCCUUUUCUCCUCCUCUGCGCCAAUUCGGAGUCGCUCCGGCUUGCCGCGUCCUCCGCGCUCCGCUUUCUCCCCGCCCCCGCGGAAAAGUCCCGUUAUAAUCUCUCGUGCGGCGCUGCUGGCCGUUUCUCUCUGUGUGUUUUGCGCGGGCGGAAACUCGUCGGGCCCGAUCGGCUCCUGUUGUUGUUGCUGGGCGGUAGUGUUUUUUUCCCUCCCCGCCGGCCACAGGCGACGCGCUCCGGCGCUCCGCCCUCGCUGACUCGCUCGCUCGCGGCUUGCUUUUUCUCCCAGCCGGGCCCCGCUUUGCUCCUGACAACAUGGCGACCUGCCUGAAAUUGUUGCAUUUUAUUCCCAGCGCCAUUUUGCCCAUCUGGUCUCCUCGGGUGCCGCCGCCGUCCGUCCCCCGCCCCGCCCCCUUUGCAUGCUGCGAUCGGGGCCCGAGCCCCCUUUUCCCGGCCGUCCCCCGGCCGAUCGCUCGCUCGCUCGCUCUCUCCGCCUGGCUCCCACCCGGCCUUUUGGGUGAUCGCUGCCUUGCAGCAGAGAGAGGAGGGGGGCAGGCUACCAAGGCCACCCUGGAGAGGGCAGGGCUCCGUGCCUGCUGCAGUUCCGUGCAAGCUUCCUCCCGAGGAAACAGGCACGGGGCCCCUCACGAUCGGACUGCUCCUUCCCUCCCUCCUUCCGCAUCUUUUGUUGAUUUGCCAAAUUGUUGGGAUGCUUGUGGGGAGAGCUGCUUUGCAGGUUUCCGAGCCCAUUGUUCCAGCCCUGGGGAGCCCCUCCGUCUUUUCAGUGGCUGCUAGGCCUGAGCCCUUGGUAAUUCAGGCCCAGGGAAAGACGGUGUGUUUGUGGUCUGUUUGGUUAGCUGUUAACUUCUGGGCUAGGAUGUUCAGGCCCUGGGGAGCUUGCCAUAGGCAAGCUAACCUUUAUUUUUAUUCUCUCUCUCUCUCUUGCAUAAGGAAAGGGAAGUGGGUGUCCAUAAAAGGACUCUUCCGUGUGCUUCAGGAUCUCACUUGUUGGCAAAACCUUGAAGGCGCUUGGGGAAACGCAGAGGCUGGCAAAGGGGAAUCCUUAACUCUUGCUGCGUUUUGCUUUCUUCAUUUGUUUUAAUGGUUCACUGCUGGAACUGAAUUAAUUGGAUGGUUCUGUAUUGUGGGGCUGUUGUGUCUAUAUACACAAUCUUGACUUAAUGAUCAAGGAGGGGGAGAAAGCUGUUUGUGAGGUUCAUAAGCAAAUGUGGCAAAAGUUACUGAGCUCCUAAACAAGGGGGAAGCCAUGCCCCUAUCCAGACUGGAGGUUUCUGGGGGAGUGUGUGAGUAUGUUGCCCUGGUAUGGCAGCCUGUCCCACCCUUCAACUGGGAGGGAAGGGAGAAAGGCAUCUUAGGACAAAUUCUCCUGUUUAUGCUGCUGAUAGGCUACUCUGAGGAAGACAGCUCUACAAUUAAUAGCAGUGGUGUGGAUUCUUUUGAUUCCUCAUUGGAAUACACACACACACACACACACCCCGUCAACAGAGCACAGGCGGCCUUCCUGUUGGUGAACCGAGACUAGUUUGCCUUGUACUUUUGCGUGUGCAUCAGCCAUUUUGCCUCCUGGCAAGCAAGAUGCUUGAGGCUUUGCAUCCAUGUCUGUCUCCAUCAUGGUCACUUCACUAGGAAUGGUUAAAGACUGCUGCGAGCUUCCACUGCUGAAAGUGUGUGGCUCUUACACUGAAUUGGGGGUGGGUGCAGCCAUCUUUAUCAUUUGCUUCUGUUUAUUCCCCCCCCCCCGCCCCCGGAUUUUAUGCACUUCCAUAUGCACUGGAUUUUUUGCAGUUUGUCUGGUAUAUGUUUUACUUCGAUACUCCUUUCUGUGGCAUUAAACUAUUAAACUUCCUGCAUUCGUGGGUGUUGAGCCUAUUUCCCUCCAUGCUCAGAUGCAAAUGGAUUAGUUGUUUUUGUUGCACUUCCUUGCUUUCAAGUUCAAGCAGACAUCUUUCCAUUUAAAGCACUGGAAAUAACUGAGCCAUUGCCUUUGAAUCCCACAGUUCCUUUUGGGUGUCCUCUUGUAGCAAAGAGCAGUAGGCAGCUGGACUUCAGAACCUUACCCAAAUUUGGAAGGGGCAGCAGAGAGAGAGAAGUGCAGUAAUGGGUUUGGGGAAAGUAUGUUCGCUCUAACUAGCCAAAAUUUGAGGUCAUUUUGAUUCUACCCUCACCCACUCCUUCGAAAAUAAAUAAAUUGAAGGGGGAAGUGGACAUCAUGGUGAGGCUGGGAGGGGUUUGGAGUGUUUAUGCAGCCUGGGAGGACGGGGUAAUUCCCCUUUCCAGCUCCAAGCCCAGGAGGAAGUCUGUGGCUGAUUUCCAGAAAAAGAAGAAAGAGACCAGGGUGAGCAAACUUGUGGACUCUUGAUGCAAGGGAGGGGUAGUUGCACCAUCUGGAAAAUGAGGGCAUGAGUGUUUUGUUUUGUCUCAGAGUCUGUCUUGCCCCUUAUGCAACAUAUAUGGCAUUUGAACACAACCUUUGCCAAGCUGGUGCCUUCUGGCAUGGCCAGGAUGGCUGUGGCUGAUGGAAGCUGUAGUCCAAAACAUCUGGAGGGCACCAGGUUGUCAAAGGCAGCUCUAAGCAUUAGGAGUGCCCAUGGGAGAGAGAUGGGGGCUGUCUGUCAUUCUUUGCUCUUUCCACCUGGAGUUGAGCUGGUCUCCCAUUGUGAUUUCACGCAGAUGGGCUGUGGGGUCUGGCUUGUCCUCUGUGGCUUAAUUUGUACCAGAAGGGUUACAGUUGGGAAUGAGCUCUGGCACUGAUAGUUCUCCCUUCGGCUCAGACUGUGUUCUGCUUGUGUUAGGUACUCCAAACUUUCUAUGCAAAAAUGUCAGGAGUUUGCAUUGUGCUGCUUAGUGCACUGAAUGUUUUACCUUUUUUAUCUUCACAAUAACCGUGUGAGGUAGACCAGGAUGAAAAAGAGAGGGAACCCAGUUUGUUUUGUAGUUCUUGGAAAUUUGAACCAAAGACUUUCCCACAUCUCCACCUCAUCUGUUUUCUCCUUACAUUCACUCCACUCUUAGCUCAAGCUGGUUAAAAUACUCUCUUAUAUAUUGAGAGCAUUCUGCUGCUGCUGUUUAAUCUUAAGCUUUUUGUGCAUGCCUGGGCCAGCCUGCUUGCAAAUAGCUAGUGGGGUCUAGUAAACAGUGCAGUACAUGCAUGCUUUUGUGGCCCUCUCAGGUGAACUGCAUCUGGAGGUACAAGUAGCAUAUUUUAAAAAUACCUAGUAGGAGCUGUUUAUCUGGAACUUUAUUUUGUUCCUCCCACUCAAACCUUUGCUUAUACACAUCUAGUCUCCUUUUCCCCACUUAAAUCAUCUCUCUCUCUCUCUCUCUCUCUCUCUCUCACACACACACACACACACACACACACACCCCUCCUUUCCCUCCCUGUGCUCCCAAGUGAAUUUAUAAUCUUGCGGUGGAGCUCAGCUCACCAAAGGCCACGUCCCCCUCAUGACCACCGACUGUGAUUUCACUGAGGAAUUACAAGAAUGUCAGUGAAGGGAAGGUGGUUUUCUGUGUAAAACAGGUAACUAGCAAACAAAUAAAUCAGUGGCAGUUGCAGAAUGCGGGGCAGGUGAACUGGCUUUUCUCCAGGAUGUAAAAGCCUCCUCCGAAUUUAGUGAACCAUGCUAUCCAUCUGGGUCAAAUCCCAUUUAUAGCUUCCUGUUUGGCUCACAAGUAAGGAUCGCUAUAGCAAUGCAAGGCCUAUGGUGAAAGUGAAUAUAGUGUAAGAUAAUUUAAAUGGUCAUGCCCAGGUUCUUCCCCCACCAACUUAAAUGUGUCUCCAUUCCAAAUUAUUUCUGUGAUUCUGUCUCCUUUCUGGGGACUGUAUGCUAGCUUCUCAGGUUACUGCUUUGAGGGCACAGGAUCAGCCUCCUCUGUCUGCUUUUUUGACUCAGCGCCUCAAUAUAGGGCUGUCGUUUUUAAAGAGCUAGAGUGAGCUUCUCUUAAAAUGAAGACCUAGCAAAGCAACUGCAGAGUCUAGCGUGCGCUUAUUUUUUUUGUGCCAUCUGCAGUGGUUUGAAAUAGCAUAACUUAUUUCCUUGCCUCAAACGGACUGGGCAUUCUCCUUGCCUCCCUAGGGUAGCCUUUGGGUGUUCAUUGCCUUCAUGUGAGUUCAUUGCCUCUGUCUUUACUGUUCACUCUGCCUGUCACCAUUCCAUUCUUUAUACAAACCUGGAAGAAGGUCUUCGCUUCUUCCUGUCGUCACAUAGAAGCAGCGUUGACAGGUUUAUUAAUACUUUAUGAUUCUGAUUUGUUUUUGUUUUUUUAACCUGUCAUUUGGCCCUAGGAACAUAGAAAGCUGCCUUAUGCUGAGCCAUUGGUCCAUCUAGCUCAUCAUUGUCUACACCAGGGGUGGGGAGCCUCCAUCCCACAGGCCUAAUCCUGCUCGCCAGGCCUCUGCACUUGGCCCAUCAAGCCAUUUCAGGCAAGCCACAGUUGCUUGCCCUACACCUGACAUCAUAUCAUCUGGUUAUCAGGCAUUUGGGAAGUCCUGCCCAGGGGACUUUGAGAAGUGUCAGUCACCUGGUGCCAUUAUGAUGUCAGGUGAUUGAUAGGUGGGUUGCCCUGCAGGGGAAGAUAAGGAUCUGGCCUAUCAGGCCAGAAAGGUUUCCCACCCCUAGUCUGCAGUGGCUGGCAGUGGGAAAUCAGAAGAUUUCCCAGCCCUACCUAAUACCAAAGAAGAUUAGAGAAAUGCAUGGAGGAGAGGGCUAUGAUGGCUCACAGUGGCUCUGCUCUGCCACCUUGGUUGGAGGCAGCAAUGGUUCUGAAUACCAGUUGCUGGAAACAGCAGGAAAGGCAAGUGUUGUUGUGCUCCAGUUGUGCUUGUGGGCUUCCCAUUGGGGCAUCUGGUUGGCAACUGUUUGUGAGCAUAGGAUGCAUUGGCCUGAUCCAGCAGACUUGCCUGAAUAUUUUAUUGCCACUCUCCUCCUCCUCCUCCUCCUCCUCCACCUCCUCCUCUCAGUGUUUCAAAUGUGUAGUGUGACACACAGGGCACUGCUCCAGGUGUGUAUAGGGAAAAGCAUUUCCCAAAUGGUUUUCUGGCGCCUGCUUGAGGCUCUUCAAUGUGCAGAUUCCUUUAACAUCAGCGGCUGUCAUCUAAUGACUCCUUAUGGUUUUCGGCUUGCUAGGAGGGGCUGUAUGCUUGGUUGUGGAGCAAAUAUUCGGCUCCUGGAUUGUGACAGCAGGUGUUGGGAAGGUUCUCUGCCAGAGACCCUGGAGAGCGGGAGCCCGUCAGAAUAGACAGUUCUGGACUGAAUGGAGCUGUGGUAGGUAGAAGCUUUGCAUCUUCAGUUUUCCUCUUUGUUAACACCAGUAAUAUAUAUGGCGGGUGCAGUGAGGGGGUUUUGUGUCUUUGAAGCUGGAAGCGGUUGGCUGGGCUGCCUAAUGUCACAGCUUGUUGUGGCAGGCAGGAGGGUCCCUGGCCAAGCCAGUCAGAUUCCUUGGCAGGCGCUGAGUGAGCUGUUAGAAUCCCAGGAAAAGGGCAAGCCUGGCUGGAGGGCCCAUAGAGAAACAAAGGGGGCAAAGGCUGGAGGAAGUAGAAAGAUCUGGGAAGGCUUUUGUAAUUGGCUACUGGUGAUGGUAAUAGGGGAGCCUUUGGAAAGGAGAAGUUGUGCAUAGGAGUUAAGGGUGGCAGGAAAUGCACAUUGAUUUCAUGGUUUCACAGUCUCUAUAUCAUUCCUAUCAGUGAUGUUGCAUAUUCUCCUAUAGUGAUCAAGCCUUCAUGCAGAAUCAUUCCUGCAAAGAGCCAGCUAUUAGUUAUACACACACAGCGUUAAAGGGAACAGUUUUGAACAAGGAUAACCUUCUGGGUUCACAGUAACGUCUGCUGUUAUAUCACCUUAGAGACAGAGUUUCAUCAAGUAUCUGUUUCAAAUGCAGCUUUAACUCUGUUAUAUCAAUGUAAGUUAUAAAAAGAAUACUCCACCCUUUCUUCAUAAAUGAACUCUGCACAUCAAUUAACAAACACAGCCAGAAGCCAUAUAAAACAAAAUAAAUAAUCAGAAAAGAAGAAGCAGUACUCGGCAACACAGAAAGAAAUUACUGUAAUAUCAAUCACAAUCUCUGCCAAUCUCAAAACGUAUUGGAAAAUGCCAGGUUUCACACCUGACACCUGAAGGCAAUAUAGUAUUGGAGCUAGGCGAGCCUCCCUUUGGGGGGGGGGCAUUCCACGGAGCUGGUGUCACCUCUGAAAAAACCCUGCUCCUCGUAAAUUCAUGCCAGAAAUCAGCAGACGAGGGCACCUAGAGCAGCCCCUCUUUGUUAAAUGUGAGGGCUGUGUUGCAGGACAGAGUGUUUUUCCAGCAGCUAGGCCCCAAGCCAUUUAGGUCUUUAUAAGCAAGGAGCAGCACUUUGAAUUGAGUCUGGUAACAAAGCAACAACCAGUGUAUCUCACAUCAUUUCUAGAGUCAUAUGCUCCUGAGCAUCCAAUCACAGCCAGUAUCUGGUACCUGCAUUUUGCAGCAGCUGAAUAUUUGCAGACUCUUCAAGGGCAGCCCAGGUAAAGAGUGUGCUACAGUAAUCAAGCCUGGAAAUUUACUUGGUCAUGAACAGACUUGGUUGGUGAUGGCCAUCGCCGUGACUAUUGAGUGGCGACUUCCGUUUUUCCUUCCCGUGGUGGUUUUCAGUGAAGCAAGUUGACAUAUUCAGGCUGGUCAUUGAUCAAGAGAUGUGUGGGCCAUUUAUUGAUUGCAAACUGUGUGUGCAAAAACGAAAUGCUUUCGUGGGCAAACUGAGUGAAGUUAUUCUACGUGAGUGUUACAAAAGCAAGCUCCCUUCUUGUGAAGUUUGCUGUGGGAAAGGAGAAGAGCCAUGUUUGAAAGCUGCCCUUGUUUACUCGCAUGUGUUGGGAGACUUCAUUUUGUGGGUUCUGUUCCCAUCUCGCUUCAGGGUUGGAGGGGAUCCUAUCAUACUUGAAGCCCUUGGAGGACUAACUGAUUAAAUCAGUCCAAGGCAGGUGAAAGACCAAGGAUUCUGUAGCUUCCAGAAGUCAUAAACUCUGGUUUAAAAAUAAUAAGUAAGGGUGGGUUUUGACUCUUGUUUACGGGCUGUGGGUAAAAGGAAUCAAACGGACUGAGAGCUGCAUCAUUUAACUGCAGCUAAAAGCAAAAUGUGUAACUUCAGAAGCCUUGUAUAGAAGCGGAACUUAGCACAAAAGGGCCCUGUCUGAGGCUGGGCAAUCGGAUAAGCACCCAGGUCGGUCUGUUGGCGCCGGCAUGCAUCUUGGGCCUCUGGAAGCGAGUGGUUGCAAUUAAGAAUCCAGGCUCACUGUAACUUGAACCGGGUUUUCUUUACCCUCGGCCGCCUUCUUUGGGGGGCGGGGGCAGGAGUCCACCGUGCCUGGUGCUUCGUCGGAUGUCCUCUUGCAGCUCUCAAGAGCCCCCUUUUCCUCACAAGCUCCCCCCAAAAUUAGUCCAAAGCACGUACAGGCACAUGUCAGGGAACAGUCUCUGAGGCGCGGCUGGCGUUCAGUGGUAAAGCACAUGAUCUGCCUACUGAGCCGAGGUGGAGGGCCUGUGGGCCCCUGCCCACACAUGUUACUGGACUACAACUCCACAAUCAUUCCUGGCCAUUGGCCAUGCUGGCUACUGGGAGAUGGAGGCCAGUAGCCCCUGGAAGAGCCACAGGUUCUCCAUCAUUGGUAUAGGCUCAGCUCCCAGUACCCACAGUUAAAGGAUCUCUGCUGACCUCAGCGUGGAAGCCCCCAAAGAGCUGCUUCUGUGCAGGGAAUCCCAUAUUGUGUUAGGUGAGUUGUCUGUCUCAUUAGGUGUUGGGAACCUAAGAAUCUGCCUUACACUGAAUCAGACCCACGGCCCAUCUAGCUCAGAAUUGUCUUCAGUCUGGGAGCAUCUCUCCAGGGUUUAAAGCACGGGAACUUUCACCAGCACUACCUGGAGAACUGUCGGGGAUUGAAACAGAGAUAUGAAAGCUAGGCGCUAAAUGGCACCUUAAACCUAUGGGCACAGCAACGGAAUGCCUAGGAGCACUUUUUAUAACAAGAAUACAAAGCUGAAACUGAAUGAGCUGCAGCUAAAAUAUUAUUUUAAAAAAUUCCUUCCAGUUACACUUCUUCAGAUAACUGGUGGACUUCCACUUCAUGCGUCUCAAUGUGGUGCCUUCCAUAGUUCUAGUCACAGGUAGGUAGCCGUGUUGGUCUGCCAUAGUCGAAACAAAAUUAAAAAAUUCCCGUAGCACCUUAGAGACCAACUAGGUUUGUUAUUGGUAUGAGCUUUCGUGUGCAUGCACACUUCUUCAGAUACCAGAUCAUAAAAUAUUAUGUUCAUUUUUCACAUGGUCUAGUCCUUACCCUGUCUGCCCACCCCUAAUAUUCUUAUGAGGGUCUCAUCUCCAGUCUUCAGAGAGUAGCUGGAAGUGGGGAGGCAGAAAAUCCUUCGACUCUGCAGUUUUAAUCUGAAAUCUUAGGCGCAGUACUGCACCCAGAGCUCAGGAACUGCUCGCACUAAUGGAAUUCCCUGUCACAAAAUGCGCCUAGAACAAUGAGAGUUUCGAACACUGCUUCUGCACACAAAGCAAAUGCUCUGCUGCUGAGCUAUGGCACUUCUCCAAGUUUAAUAGAGUCCCUUAGCCCACAGGAGCUGGGCUGGUGAGCAUCAUGGCUGUGCUGGGCACCAUUCAGAAUGCAGACUGCUCCAUUUACCCCGUGGUCCUCUGUUAUAACCCACCCAUUGCAGAAUAAUGGAAGCCUUCAGGGAAGAGACGAGCAAUAGCCCCCAAGAAGAUUUUUGUGAGAAUUUAACGAUGGCAAAAAAGGACACAAACUGAGGCAUCAGUCUUGGCAGGCUCCCCGACCACAAAGGCCAAACUGGGCUUGGCAAAAGGUUCAAUUAAUUCAGAGCAUAUAACAACACUUUUUUGUUCUGGGACAGGAUGCUGGAUCCCAGGGUGGAAGCCUCCCUUGCGCAGCAGAGUCUUGCCACGUUGAGCUCUUGGCUUGGCUGUGUGCAUCUCUCUUGAGUAGAGGCUCUGGAAUCUGUGCUCUUGACUUGGUAACUUGGCACGGCCAGCGCAGCACAGCCACUUUUGCUUCCUGCUGAAGAUCCCCUGUGCUGCCCAUGGGCUGAGUCCUCUGUGGCAAACGGGCCUGUCGCAGAUCCGAGGGCAGAAUGGGACGGCCUGCUUGGAACCUAUGGUUUGUGGGGCUUGGAGCAAAUGUGGGUGGAUGUUUGGGGCAGGAUGUAUGAUAAUGUCUGUGCUGUGCUGUAGUUCUUGUUGCCAAAAAGUUUGCCAAAGGAGGUGUAGUGCUGUGCAAAUAGUUCUUGUUGGUAAAAAGCUUGCCAAAGGAGGUGCCGGAAGAGGAAACAUUGGACUUCCCAGGAAGCAUUCAUCACACGUUAAUCAUGCCAUUAAAAAAAAAGAAUGCAAAUCUUCCAGCUGCAGAUUGGAAGUCAGGUAUCCUGUACUGCCCUUUUCCCACUUGUUGAGAGUGAACUGGAAAUUGCUGGGGUAGGGGUAUGUGUGUGAAGCCUGGGAGCAGAAGGGUGCAGUCCCCUCCCUACAAAACCACAGCAGUACUUCCUGGAUUGCCUGGCAGGUGGCAUCCUGCUGUGGUCUGGUUGCAAAGCAGGCGCUUAGUAUUGGGCAGCUCUUUCAGGAACUCUUUUGUGUCCAGCCGGGAAGAGGAAAGGCUUGCUUCCUGGGAAGUAAAAAAGGCAGCCUAGCAGAACGAAGAAGUAAAAAAGGCGGCCUAGCAGAAUGAAGAACCACCCAGCUUGGUUGGAUCGCCCUGGGGAAUUCUGUGCCUUACUUGAAAGCAGGCCAGAGGCGAGAGAGAAAGAUUGAGGCACACUGUUAGUAAAUGCCAGGGUACUGGCAGCAUGAAACUCAGGGUAGCUGAUAGCCUGCUUGGUUGUUAGGUAGUGGUUUGUUGUGGGAAGGUAUCUGAUGUACCGGCCUUCUUGCUUUCAGCAUGCUUCUGAAAGGUUUGUGGUUUUUCAAUCCGCACAGACAGCAAUGGCAUAUUGCAUUUCAUUUAAAUAUUGCCUUUCAUCCCCCCCAAAGUGUCGGUUUGCAGCCUAUAUUUAGCCUUUGGAGGAUGGCCAUAUCAGAGCAGGUGAAACACAGCCACCCUUGCUAGCUUUCAGGAACGCCUCAGCCAGUUAGGCCAGAGGGGCAAAGGUGUGCAGGCAGGCCAGGUUAAGUCAAGCUGCUGCUAAUUACCAGCACUGGGAUUCCCCUGAGAUGAGACAGAGGGAUAAGGUGUUUGUUUUUUUCUGCAUGGAGGCCUUCCUGAAGAGCUGAACUUUGAGAAGACUGAACUGCUUGGCCUCCUUGCAAGAACGUCUUAUCAGCUGCAUUUGAUUUCCAGUGGUGUCCCCCUUUCUUGUUUAUUUUUUGUGUUUGCUCCAGGGACCAUUUUGAAGCUUUUGCAAGCCCUGACUUCAGCACACCAUAAUUGUGGCGUUGUUCUUAAAAGGGCAGGUGGAUUUUUCAGGGACCAAACUGGAGAGGCAGUAGGUCUCACAACCGCUGCUUCCUCCUCCCUUGGCUCCCCACCCCCCUGUGCCAGCAGGAUCCUGACAAAGAGCACCACUGUGUGGAGGGAAGGGAGCCGUUUCCUGAUCAUUAAUCUGCCUCUCGGAAAAAGAUGUGCAUGCUCCAUUUCUCUGGUCACAGCCAGCAGCAGGGAGCUGCAGCUUGGAAAAAUGUCUGCCAGCGAAACUGGCGGAGUGGCUGUGUUUUGAUGGUGGCUGCUUCGCGGUAGGGAUCGAUUGUGGCCAGUUUAGAUUGCCUGCAGGUGUUUUCACCCCCAGAAGGCUCUGAGGAGCAGCUGCAAAGAGAGGUUCGGGUGCCACACAGCUGUUUUGCAGAACGGAAACUUUGCCAAUAUCUGCGUGUUUCUCAGUGGGUCUCAGUUGCAAGAAGCUGAGUUUGCUACUCGCUCACAGAGCCAGGAAUGCCCCUGAGGCCUCUUGUGCUGUAGCCUGGCUUAGAAAUGAGAGGUCUGAAUGAGCCUUUCCACUUCUCCCCUGGUGUUAUUGGUGGCAGGCCUGCAAAAUGCACCACAGCGUCCUAAAUCUUGAAACAGAACCGUUGAGCCGUUUCCCAUUCUCCCAUCCCCAAACAGCAGAGAUGUUGGGGUAGCUCAGGUGCUUGCUAUAAUAAAGUUCACCUAUGCAGACAUCUUGAAAAUCUCCUCCGUAUGGGUCUUUGUGGGGUGAUGGUGCCUGACCGCUGGUCCUUGGGAGUAUGGGAAGAUUUUCUGCUGGUAACCCUGCAGCUGGACCGCCUUCGUGGACCGAAUGCCGGAGGUGCUGAGUUUGUGGGACUGCGUUGGCUGCUCUCUCCCAGCAGGCCCCUUUUUAUUAUGUGCAUGGGGGGGUCUGUAACUGCGGAGGUCAGGUGUGUUGGCGCAUGAUGUUUUCCCUAAUUCCUGCAAGCUGGAUCCUGUUCUUACCUGGCUGCAUUUUAUUCCCCCGUGCUCUGGAAUGUCAAUGUCAUACCUCCAAGCGGGUGGAUGGAACAACUUCAGCGCUGCUGGCAACCUUCAGUCUCUGAUCAUGACUCGCUGCCCCCUCCCAACCACCCAAAUCUGCCUGAGGCCCACAGAUAAACGGGCAAGCCCUUCAAGCCUCAGGGGGCAGCUGCUCACUGGAACUACUACAGCUGUCUUUUGAAACUUAUUUUUUAAAAGCAGCUCACUCUCUCCUAGUAUGUUCCCAGCGCCUUCUCUACCAGGCUUAUUGUGGUUUGGGGUGAGGGGUUUUGUUGCAUCUUUGCUUGAAACUCGAACAUGGGAGGUUAGGUAGCCAGGCAUGGCCAUCUGUGACUGCUUCCAGCCCUCCGGCUGUGGUGUGUGGGUUUUGGUUUUUUCUUUCUUUCAAGAAAUGGUUUGAUGUGUGGAUUUUCCACUGUGCUCUUGAGACUGCCUCAAUCACACACUCUAGAGUCCACUUGCCGCCUCCCUGAUUCCUGAGCUGUGCUCUCAAAAUGGCUGCCUGCCUCGUUCAUGUGUCUUGAUUUCUAAGCAGGAAGUUUCUGGGAGAUCUGGUGUAGGCAGGAGGUACGCUGGGUCCAGGUUCCUGUCGUAGGUGUCUCUGUAUCCAUAGACCAGUUUCCAGAGAAGCAUAUCUGUGAGUUUUUAAGACUAUAAAGCUUUCCGGUACAGCCUUGGUGCAGAAGGCAAACGCUCCACAGACCCGGCUUGACUUCUUCCUGCUCAGUGUUCUCUCAGUCCCGUCUCUCACUUUCCUUUGCAACUGGCAGCAGAACCACAAAUACUAGCCCAGCCUAGGUGGUGUGCCCACCAGGAGUAAAACACACCAUCCCACCCUGCUCUUUCUGCCGCAUGGAUCCAUUGCAGAGGGAAAAGAUACAGCCACUGGUGGAGAAAGGACUUGGGCAUGUGGCUCAAAUGAGGGAAGGCCUGGCCUCAGCCUGGAACUGUAGUUUGUUGGAUAGGUUUCCCUGGUAGGAAAGGGUUCAAAAGGAAGAUAAUGAAAUGAGAGCCGGCUGCAUGUGCCUCCUUAGAGAUGGAAAGCCUGGAUGUAGAUAUUUCCGGCCAAUAACAAAUGGAGCAGCCCUAAUUCUCAGCAUUUACAGAGCACUUCAUUGCAUUUCAGAGAGUUUCACUUGAGCUCUGUCGGUUUAGAACAGCAGCCCUGUAAAGGAGGCCAGCAUUACGAUCUGUGGCUGUGGUGAUCUUUGAAGUUGGGGACUCAGGAAGCUCAGCUGCUCCUUCGCCUUUCACUGUUGCAACAAACCUGGUGGCUUCUUUCUUUCUUUCUUUCUUUCUUUCUUUGUCUUGGGGUAAGCCAAGGUCCCUGCCUAGCAUCUCCCUUUGCCUGUGUUGAGGCAGAGUGGCAACCUUUUAUUGGGAGCCAAGAGCUGUUGUCAAAGGGCGCUGAGCACUUGUAGGGUACUCAAACAUUAUUGUGAUCAAAUUGCAACGAUCAAGAACAGAAACAAUGUGUGGUUACAGCAGGAGUCACCAGCGUGGUGCCCUUGAGCACAGUUGUGCCCACAAGGGCCUUCUCUGGUGCCCACAGCGUUGUCUCACCCUGCCAAAAUUAGGCUUGGAAGGAGCAUUCUGUUGUGACCAGUAGAACGCGUUGCGGUGUGUGUUUGUGGUGUGUGCUCUGUUCUUCUUUUAAGGUGGUGGCAGUGUUUGCAAGGCUCCCUGUUUUGGGUAAUGAAAGGCAAGUACAGCUGUCUUUUGCAAAGUCCCCAACUAAAGUCACUUAUGGUGGCAGAGAAUUUCAGAACGUGGUAUUCGAAAUUCACUUCUUUUGGUGUAUUUGAAACCUAGUUGUAUGUCAGGAUGGUAGGUGGCUGCCAGCUCUUCAUAGAGCAGCUCUUGAAGCACAGAGGGAACAAGGGGCUGCUGGAGGGGCCUCCUGCAUUGUGGCUCAAGGUGACUUUGAGAUUUUUCAGGCAGAGAGGAACCACCUUGAUGCCUCCACGUGAGGCCCACUUGAAAGUCUUUCCUUAUUAUCUUUGUCCCCUUCCACUUCUGGCUUUCUACUGUUGUAUCUCCUCCUGCCCUGAACUUCUUCAUCUCUCUCUCCCUACCCCCCAUCAUGCAUGACUCCCCACCCCCAAAUGCAGGGCAGCACCACUGGGACCACCCAUGUGCGGCCCGAUCACAACCUGUCAUUACUGUAUGUGUUCGUGCUGCACGUGCAAAUAGGCCUCACACAAAGAAGGAGGUUCCACAUUGCUCAUAGGCAGCACCCGGAUGCAUUUGCAAAGGCUGACCUUCCUUUCCAAGCACACUGCUGAAAAUGCAUCCUUGGUGCAACUUGUCAAUGUCUGACUGCCUUCAUCAUCCUGGGGGUGCACUUUUGCAUUGGUCAGCUAGGUGGCAAAGUGUUGAAGGCUGUCACGGACAGCAAAAUGUCCUUUGCUCUAGCAGUAACUGGGGAAAGGGGCCAGUGUGGUGGGUCAGCUGGUGCAGAAUGCUGCAGCACAAUUGCUGAUGGGAGUGAGACCCAGCCAGCAUAUAGAACACCUUUGCUCAGGGAUCUGCACUGGCUGCUCAUUUGCUGCCAAACCAAGUUCAAGGUGGGGUCACUUUGCUUGUGGGAUUGCCAUACCUCAAAAUACCCACUUGGCUGCUUUCAUCUGCACAAUUGGCACUAUUGUGGUUUAAAAAAAACACACCAAUAUUUUAGUGUGGCAGUGCCAAUACUUUGGAACUCCCUGCCUAUUGACAUUCACUGUAUUUGGUACCUGUUCAAAAUAUUUUUGCUUAGCAAAGCCUACCCAGAUACGUUGAAACUGCAUGUAUCUCUUUUUAACUCCUGUUGAUUUCAAAUUAUCUUUCGAAUACUUUAAAAUACCUGUUUAUAAUCAAGCCUCUUAAUGUUUAAUUUCAUAUUUUUGUAAACCACUUAGAGGUGUGUUGUUUUCCUUAACAAGCAAGCAGUAUAUAAUUCUUACUAAUUAAUAAGUGAAAGAAACGUGGCUGAGGAACCUGUGUCCUUCAUGCAGGUGCUGCUGGACUCUCAACUCCCUUCCUCAUGCUUGGCCCUUGGCCAUGGCUGGCUCCUAGUCACUGCAGUCCAGCAACAUCUGUAGGGCCCUAGGCUCUCAGCCACCACCGGCCUAAAUGGAAGGAAGGUGUGGCUUGCAUGUUCUUGCCAUUUGGAAAUAUAACUGCCUCCUUUUCUUCCCUCUCUCCUCCCAGUAAUCCUCCGCUGAGCGAGGAGAUGUUGCCUCCCGGGGAGUGGAUGUGCCAUCGCUGCACCGUGCGCCGGAAGGUAAAGACGCCUCCGCCCAUGAGUGAACGGACCUUCUGGGCAUUCGGAUGUAAUCUCUUCUCCUCCUCUUCCUUCUCUGGAAAGAACAAAAGGGUUGCAAACAGCUGUGGGGAAAGAUUUGCUCAGGAGGGGCGGGUGUGAGGACAUACAGCUGCCACAGACCAAAAAAUAGCUUUUAUAAUUCCCAACGCAUUAUGAACACCUGUCUUUCUCAAGCGGGGCUGUGGGGAAUGCUUCACAAAUCUUCGGGAAAAGCUAGAUUAAAUUAAUUCAUGCUUUGAGCCUGGCAGGGAGGGUGAUGAGAAAGCCAUUCCUUUCUUUACCUGCUUCUCCAGAACAUGGCCAAAUGUGCAAGUCGCUGGCAUAGCUGUGACAAGCUAAUUUGGUGGAGCCACAUUCCCUGCCUUGCUAAGCCAAUUCCAGGUUGUGUGUGUGUGUGUGUGUGUGUGUGUGCUUGCUUGCUUGCUUGCAGGGGGUGGUGGAGGGGGGGAGCUGGCUGUGACGGCACAGGCCUCUCCCUCUUUCAGGCCAGCUGCUCCCAUUGCCAAGCCUCCCCAGUUCCUUCCGGCUAGCUUGGGAGAGGAGAGAAUGGAAUGACCUCCUGUUGUUUCCAUAGCAGCGGGGGGGGGGAGCAGUGAUGAGUUAUGCUCCCCCCCCCCCCGCCGCCAAAGCUAGGGAGGUGAUUAUUGGGCCAGGCUCCAACUUGUCAUCAGAGAUGCCUGCCCUUUCCUGCAGCUAACAGGGCGGCCCAGCUGAAUGCAAAUAUUGACUCCUGGGGCUGCCAGCUUUCAGGGUGUGCUUGAAGAGGGAAAGAGCUGCUGGCAGGGCUGGGUGAGAGAGAGAGAGAGAGAUUUCAGAGUCCAGGGAUUUUCUGGCUUCUCACGUGUCCAGCGAUUUCCCACCCUCCCCAAGUGUAGGAUUUCCAGCUUCUGCCUUUCUUCUGUUCUUAAAAGAAAAAAAUAACCAGUGUGGUAAAAGGAAGCAGUAAUGGCCACCAACCUAGUUGACUUUAAAAGAGGACUGCACAGAUUUAAGACGGAGAGGGCUAUCGAUGGCUACUAGCCAUGAUGGCUGUGCUCGCCUUCACAGUUGGAGACAGCAGUGCUUCUGAAUCCCAGUUGCUGGAAACCACAGGAAAGGAGAGUGCUCUUGCACUCAAGUCCUGCUUGCGGGUUUCCCACAGGCAUCUAGAGGGCCACUGCGAGAACACGAUGCUGGACUACGUUCACCAUGGGCCUGAUCCAGCAGGGGGCUCUUCUUAUGUUCUUAUGCAUGACAGAAGGGCCCAUGGCAGAAGCGCUGGCAUCUCCCAUUAAAAGCAUCAGGUUACGCAGGGAUUGUCGCAGCCCUUCAAAUGUGGGACUCCCAACUCCCAUCUUCCCUGUGCAUUGGCCAUGAUGGCUGGCGAUGGAGGAAGCUGGGGGCUGCAACAUCUGGGCAGCCCCAUAAUCGCCACCCCCAAAGUAGCAGCUGCUGACCUCUGCCGGAGGCCCAGGAGAGCUGCUGCCAGUCAAAGGAGACCACGCCAGGCUAGAUGGGCAAAGAGCCUGACCUGAUAGGACCUAUGGUUCUUAGGCUUGAUCUUUUGCUGUGUGUUCCUCAGGGCCUAGGUAGCCACCCAUUGCUUCCCCGUAUUUAGGCGGGUACUUUUGACCUAGCACCCCUGCCUGCUGUCCUUUCAUUCCUUGGCCCACUGGGUCAGCUGCUGAGCCGAGCAGGCAGCUCAGAAUGGCCAGGCUUGCAACUCGCCAAACGGCAGGGCCAUGCCACUCCAGGGAAUUCUGCUGAGGCAGGAAUAGCACGGACCCCUUUCCCCUUUAAAUGACUUGAAUCCUUUUGUCAGGACAAGGGAGCAAGGUGGCCUUGGAAGUCAGGUUAGGCUGAGAGUCAGUGACUAUCUCACAGGGUUGUUGUGGGGGUUAAAUGAGGAGGAGAACUGGGUGCGUUGCCUUGAGCUCCUUGGAGGGAAAAGUGGCAUAUAAAUGCAGCCAUUAAAAUAAAUCUCAAGCAGUCAAAGUAGUUUUAUUCCUGCAAGGCUUCUCCCCACACGGCACCCCAAUCAGUUCGACACAAGCAGAAAUAAUGGGUUGCGUUCAGCUAAGUUCUGCUCCUGAGAGACCCACUGAGAAGAAUAGGCCCAAGUUAGUCACAUCUGUUAAUUUCAGUGGACCCGAGUCUGAGUAGGCCCAACUUUGUAAGCCAAUAAAAGACAUGUCAUUAUUCAGCCUGAGGGGUCCCCUUCCCUUCCAGACAACCUUCCCAGCACCAGAUUCCAGUCCUGGGCAGGACCAAGGGCAAAAGCAAGCGGAAGAUUAAAUAUAAAUUCUACCUUUGUACAGUACCCCUCUCUGUCCUCCAUCCAAGCAAGAGGCAUGAUCAGAGUUCAGUGACACAUCUCCAGGCAGGCGAUUGGGGUGUGGCCCCAAGCAAGUUGCAGGGACCAGAUAAGAGAGUCCGGGGGGGGGCGUUGUUUGGCCACUGACCGCUGCUUGGGACUGUCCAGUGAAGGUGAUGCUUCCCCUUCCUCCGGCUGCUCUGGGGCUGCUGAGUUAAGACUGCCUGCCUGCUUUGUGCCUUGCAGAAGCGGGAGCAGAAGAAGGAGCUGGGCCACGUCAAUGGCUUGGUGGAGAAGUCCGGGAAGAGGACCACGUCCCCCACCAGCGACGCAGCGGACUUCUUGGACCGGGCGAGCGGCGGCGUCCUCCGGACCCUCUCCCACACCCGGCUCCUAGAGCGGAGGGCCAGCCGGCCCGGCACGCCCACCUCCAGCGCCAGCACCGAGACCCCCAACUCGGAGCAGAACGACGUGGAUGAGGACAUCAUUGACGUGGACGAUGACUCUGCCACCGCAGCAGAGGCAGACGGCGGGCAGCCCCAUCUGAAGCGGCCCUUUGAGCUGCUAAUCGCCGCCGCCAUGGAGAGGAACCCCACCCAGUUCCAGCUGCCCAACGAGCUGACCUGCACCACCGCACUUCCAGGUGAGCAGCAGACCCCACCCCUUCUUCACAGGCACCAGUAGAAGGGAGAAGCUGGACCCAGAGACUCCAGAAGAGGCUGGACCAGCCUGGGCUGCUUGGCUUAGCUUGUGGGCAUUGCCAUUGCAAACUCCUUGCGACUCCAUGCCUGGUUGCAUGGGUAGCCCAGCACAGGUUGGGGCCCAUCAGCCCUUUGGGCAGGGCUUCUUCCUAUCAAGACUCUCAUGUCCUUCCAUGACUGGGAGUUUGGCUCAGCGGUUCCCAAAGUGGGCAGGUCUUUCCCAGAGGCGGUGGGUUUUGCGCAUUGGGACUUUAGGAGGCAAGCAGGCCGCAGGGGGUUGAUGGAGGUGUAAAUGAGAUGUUGAAAAGCUAGUAUCACUGGAUCAAGUUCAUCAGGUUUUUUUGAAUUAAUUAAACCAAAUAGUUUUGCUUGGACUUUGAAUAAAAGUGCAGUCACUUGUUAAUCUUCCUUAGCUGAGUGGCUGUUCUGAGUCAUUAUUUUUAGUAGGGUAGCGUGGGGCAAUGGGAAUCAGUUUAUGGAACCAAGGGGGCAGGGAUGCAACAAAGGUUUAGAAACCACUGGCUUAGCCGUUUGAGGAAUAACAGGGCCGUUUCCAUUUGUCUUCCCGCCUCCCACCCACCCAGGUACUAGUAAGAGGAGGAGAAAGGAGGAGACGACUGGGAAGAACGUCAAAAAAGCACAGCAUGAGCUGGACCACAAUGGGUUGGUCCCCCUGCCAGUCAAAGUCUGCUUCACGUGCAGCAGGUAUGGGUGUGUCGAGCAGGGCUGGGCAGGGGGCUGUAAUGGCAUUCUGUGCCAGCUUUCUUGGCCAAGAUGGGAGUCAGAGCAGGCCGUGUCUCCACUUAGGCAGCACCGUGGGAGGCAUGUGGGACUUCUUGCACUCUCUCUUGGCCCGGCUAUGCCCAGGGCCUCACAUGGAACGCCGACCCUUUCCCCAGCUGCGGGCAGGGUGUGGCAGGAUUCCCACUUAAGGCGUUUGGAGGUCAUGGGUUUGGAUCUUGGGCACAUCCUCCUUCAGGGGAAGUGCUUCUCAGGGGGCCAGGCACCUGCUUUGCAUGCAGAAGACCCCAGGCUCAGUCCCCCUCCCCAUUCAUCUUCAGUUUAAAGGGCAACGGGAGAUAACCUCUUCCUGCCCAAGACCCUGGGGACCUGCUGACCCCAGUCAGAGUAGACCUGCCUUCCCUCACCUGGAGCUGUGAUGGGGUUUUAGACUACAAUCCCCCAUCAGCCCCAGCCAGCACAGCCAUGAUGUUGGGGCAGAUGGAAGUUGCCGUCCGCCACUUCCCUUUCUCUUCGCUCCUCUGUGUAGUGAUGGUGCUUUCCCCUCCCCCUUCCAGGAGUUGCCGCGUGGCCCCACUCAUCCAGUGCGACUACUGCCCACUGCUUUUCCACAUGGACUGCCUGGAGCCCCCUCUCACGGCCAUGCCCCUGGGCCGCUGGAUGUGUCCAAACCACAUUGAGCACGUGGUGGUAAGUUGGCCUUCCCCUCCGGGGCCUGCAGAGCCUCUCCCCUCCUGCUUUGCUCCCAUGUUGCUGCUGCUGCUGCUGCUGCUGCUGUGACCUGGGGGCAUUGUAAUGAGCGCCCCCCGCCCUCUCUUCCAGCUGAACCAGAAGAACAUGACCCUGAGCAACCGGUGCCGAGUGUUUGACCGCUUCCAGGACACCAUCUCCCAGCACGUGGUCAAGGUGGACUUCCUCAACCGGGUCCACAAGAAGCACCCCCCCAACCGCCGCGUGGUGCAGUCCAUGAAGAGGAAGGGGCUGAAGGUCAGUGGGGAAGGGGUUGUGUUUGUCUCUCUGAAUGAGAGGCAGAGGGCUUGAGGGGAGGCUGGGCUGGCCUCUGAGCCUCCUCCGGACUUCCAGGCGCCAGGCUCUUUCCUUGGUGAAGCUGCCUUGUGUGAGUCCACCAGGAGGUGGCAGCCUUGCCUGCGCAGAGGCGGCUUUUCCUCUUGAAGCUUGCAGGCCUCGGCUUGCUCUUUAAGCGGGCUUGACCGAGAGGCAAGGCUGGGAAGAUUUAACUGCCCCUCCUCUCUCUCCGAUGCCCUCCCUCAGGUUCCUGAUGCCAUCAAGUCCCAGUAUCGGAUCCCGCCCUCGCUGCUGGCCCCUGCCGCGAUCAGAGAUGGGGAGCUCAUCUGCAACGGGGUCCCUGAGGAGCCCUCGCUGAAGCACCUUUGCAGCCCGGAGCACUUAGCCACCCAGUCAGAGCAGCAAGAGGUAAAGGCCCGGGGCGGAGGCCUCUCUCCAGGAGGGGCUGCACUCCUGCCAAAGGAGGGUCCCGCCCCCCCCCAGCUUCGAAAUAGAGGGAUGCUGCCUUCUGAGGCCAGCAGACUCUCAGCUGGCUGCGCUUGGCCCUGGCUCUGCUGAGAGCAGCCCUGAGCACCUCUCCAUCAGGCACCUUGUGGUGGUCUGUUAGGCAUUCUCUCUUGCCUGUUUAGAUGUCUCCAAGCUGGCAUCUGGGUUGGAAGCAGGGCAGAUAACCUCUUUGGGAAACUCGUCUCGCAUCCAUGCUGUGCAGAUCUCUUGCGGAUUCAGUCUUUUUCCCGUGGCAAAGGUCUUUUGUUUCCCUCUGGAGCUGUGGGUUGGACAUCCUUCCAGUAGACAGAGAAGCCUGAGGGGACUUUGCUGGAUGCGAGCAGCCUGCUUGGAAUACGCAGGACAGUUCCAGGAUUCCCCAUGAGGUCGUUGGCUCAUCUUCCUUGCCUGCCUUAGACCUUAGGCUUGUGCGUUUGCUACAGGCAUCUUGCCAGCCGCUGUGAGAACAGGGUCUUGACUCAGAGGGGCCAUUGGCUUGACCUGGCAGGGCCAUUCUGAUGUUCUUAUGGAGAAGAAGGCUAUCAAUUGCUACUAGCCACGAUGGCUCUGCUUUGCCUCCAGAGAGUCGGAGGCAACAGUGCUUCUGAAUAGCGGAUGCUGGAAGUUGCCGGAAGGGACAGUGCUGUUCUCAUGCUUGGGUCCUGCCUGUGGGUUUCCCUUUGGGGCAUCAGGUUGGACUAGGUUGGGCCACUAGCCAUAUCAGCAGGGCCAUUCAGGUGUCCUUUUUCAGGAUCUCGCGUUGCGCUUGUUGCAGACUUCCUCUCCUAAGUGUCUCACUCCGUAUUCCUUUCUCCUUCCAGUGGCUGUGCAGCGUCGUCGCUCUGCAAUGCAGCAUAUUGAGACACUUAUCUGCCAAGCAGAUGCCCUCGCUCUGGGACUCUGAGCAGGCGGACAAGGUGGACGUCAAGCCGGUGAUCGUAGCUGACGGUUCCCUGGCCAGCCCUUACCAGGUGGCGGACAAAGCCAGCCUCCCUCCCCUCUAUUCUGCACCCUGCCCACCUGGCAUUGCCCCUCAGAACUCCUUGGGGUCUUCCCUGCAGGAGGACGCCCACUACGCCUCGUGUACGGACAGGCCCAAGAAAGUGUCUCCCUGCAGCGCGACGUCCAACGGCCCCAACGCCCCCACGGAGGUGAAAAUCAACGGGCCGCAUUUAUACGGUGACUCUGCUUCUGCCAACUUGACUGACUCCCCAAGGCUUGGUGGCCAGAGCAGCAGCACCCUCCCGGGGUUGUCCCAGCGGCAGCAGCCGUGGCCCCGGCCUGCCACCCCACCGGUAGCCUGCGGGCUCCUCAAUCACAUGGUGGCGGGGGCUGUCGUGAAGACAGAGAACGCGGUGGGGCCAAUCUCAUGCACACACAGGGGCUCCGUGCCAACAGCAGGCAUGCCGGCCUCCAUCCCGAACUCUUGCGCCAGCCUGGAAGCUGCCAGCACACUGCAGAGGAAGAACGUGCAGAUGCAGGUUGGGCCUCUGCUGGCCUCGGACCUGGGGGCGAUGGACUCACCUCUCACUGCCACCCGGGCGCUCACCCCUCCCCAAGCGGCAGCGGUGGGUGACGGGGUCUCUGCCAUCGGAGCUGCUCAUGGCUUUUGCUCACCAGCACCGCCUCCAGGUGAGAGUGUGGGGGCUUCAGGGCAGCCGGGGGUCUCUGGGAGCCCUGCCUUAAAAGGGGCAGCGGGAAUGACUGAGUCCUGGGGGACGCCGCCACUUUCAUUUAUUUUUAUUCAUAAAAUUUAUACACUGCCUGGUGGUUAAAAACCGAAAACCUUCACUGCAGUUUGCAGAAAUAUAAAAAGCUGAAAUUAUAAGAAAAUUUAAUAACAAUAAUUUAAAACUUCCAGAAAGCUAAAAUAAGAGACUAAAAGCAAAACUUCCAUCAGCUUUCUGACAAAUCCCACCCACCAUUGAAGCCAAUGUGUUUUGACUCUGCACGAUAUAAAUAAAUGUAUAUAUAGGUAUGUUUGGGGGGUGCCUGUGAAUCCUGACCCAGCAGUUCUUUUUGCUCCUCCCUCUAGACGGCAAGGUCAGCCCGAGCACCUUAUCCAUAGGAAGUAUCUUAACCACCCCCUCGUUGCUCCCUCCCAACUCUUCAGCCACGCUGGACCUCGCAAGUUCCCUGAAAGCAUUAAUGGACAGCAGCGGAGGUGAGUCCUUGCACAAAGGCAUCUUGCUGUGCCAGGAAGGGGGGAGGCAAGCAGGCAGGGAGCUCCUCUUGUUGGUCUUGGGGUGACGACAUCCGCAGAUGUCCCCAGGGGGCCUCCUAACUCAGCAGUGAUCCUCCUGCCAGUGUGGUGUAGUGGUUAAGAGCGGUCGACUCGUAAUCUGGUGAACCGGGUUCACUUCCCUGCUCCUCCACAUGCAGCUGCUGGGUGACCUUGGGCCAGUCACACUUCUCUGAAGUCUCUCAGCCCCACUCACCUCACAGAGUGUUUGUUGUGGGGGAGGAAGGGAAAGGAGAAUGUUAGCCGCUUUGAGACUCCUCCGGGUAGUGAUAAAGUGGGAUAUCAAAUCCAAACUCUUCUUCUUCCUGAGUGGCCCUUUCGAUUCUCUCUGACCAAGCUGCUGUGCCCCCCCCUUGCCACCCUCUUGAUGAAGGCAUCUGCACCCGCUUGGUGAUGCCAGAGGUGCAUUUAGUGUUGGGAUACUGCUGGGGAGACGAGGGCAUCAGGCAGGCCCCCAGCUGGCUCCAGACGAUCACCGGUCUCCCAUGGAACAGCAUCAGUCAGUUAGCGACACAAGCCUCAGAUACGCUUACAGACCCGUGCACCCUCUGUCAGCAGUGUGUGUAAAUCUCCACACAGCAGAUGAGGCGGACAGAGGCAGAUGUAAGCAUUUAUUCAGCAUAGUUCAGGAACAAAGGAAAGCAUGUCUGCAUCCCUUCGUCUCCAGCAAAACAGCAGUAUAGCAAAAGCAACAUACAGCGGAAGUUCCCAGCAGACAGUGCUGGGAGUAAACAGGCAUGUGAUACACAAACGUCAUGCCUGUACCCUUUUGAGGUGGAAUGGAACUAUAUCCUAACAUUUAGAUCGCCUGCCUGCCUCUUGCCCCCACCCCCAGGCCUGGAAGGCAGGAUCGUGACCCAGCUGGACCCAUGGUAAAUGCUAGGUCUUCUUGUAUUGUGUCUCUGUGGCCCUAGGCCUAUCAGGAAAGCACCAUAAGAAAGGGUAUCUUGCUCCUGACAAUGCCGCAAGGUUUAAUUCAUUGAUUCCCUUAGGCACCUCACCUUAACAGCACCGUCUCUUCUUCUUUUAUGUCAGCAGAGAUUGAGAUAAACAUGCUGGAUGAGAAACUGAUCAAGUUCCUGGCCUUGCAAAGAAUACAUCAGCUGUUUGCUUCCAGGGUCCAGCCCUUUGCAGGCAACGCUGGUCCCCACCAGCCCAGUCCUGGGGGAAAUCAUGCGGAAGGUAGGCCCGUGCCCACGUUGACUCGGGCACUCUCUCCUCCUCUUCCUCUUCUCCGCCGCUGCUCUUGGGGGUACAACAGUCUUAAAAUUAUAAGUCGCCUUUCUGCUACACACUCCCCAAUAGCUGAAAUGCAGAAGGGCAAACAAGUGUCUGCGCCAGCAGUAGGAGAGGCAGGCUCCUUGGGAAGGGCCUGCACCAGAGGAAGAAAGCCCCGAGUUGUUCCUGCGGCACCAGAGUUUCCUCUAGGCAUUGGCAGAACGCAGGAGCAUCAUUGGCCUGAUCAUAGGAAGUUAGAUGGUUGGUCCAUUUCGCUCAGUAUUGUUCGCAUUCACUGGCAGUGGUUCUCAGGGUUUCUGCAGGGAACUCCCCCAGGACAACCCUGGGACCUUCUACAGCCUAAAAAUAAAGUAAGAUUCUAGUCCUCGUGGUUCUGAAUAAAGGUUUGAAAUAGAAACACGGGAAGCUGCCUUAUACCGAAUCACGUUGCUGGUCCAUCUAGUUCAGUAUUGUCCACACUGGCAGCAGUGGCUCUCCAGAGUUUCUGAGCGGACAUUGCCGGUCCUUCCUGGAGAUGCUGUCAGGGGUUGAACCCUGAGCAGGUGCCCGACCACUGAGCCCUCCCCCAAAUAGAAAACACCUGGAAUAAUGGGGCAGAUCUGCAUUUUGAUGAAAAGCCCUUUGCCCACCCCACCUCUCAGCCAAGGGGAGAUAAUUUAGCCCUCUGUUGUCCACUCUGCCUGGCAGCUGCUCCCCAAGGUCUCUGCCUCCCCCCCCCCCCCGAUGCCCUUUGACCAGAGUUUGAACCUGGGACCUCCUUCCCACUGGCAUUGGGAGCACAGAUGCCUUCUCACUGCCUCGCUUUCGGUGACACGCCUGCUCAGGUGCUGACCCAGGCCCUGCGAUGCUUUGUUCAAGAAGCGUUGGCCAAAAGAUGCGGCUUGGUGGGAUGGGGAGUGAGAAGGCAAAUGACAACCUUCACUCUGCCUCUCCUCCCCCUUUGGUUAGGGACCUCAAAGCAAAAUGAAAAAUGGCAAGAACAUGGCUGGUGGAGAGGUUUUUUUGGGGGGUGCAUGGGUGUGUUCAAAUCCAGGGGGCUUCUCUGCUCUUGGCAGCGCUCGAUCUUGAGACCACCUGUCAGGGAUUCUUUAGCUGUGAAUCCCUUGGGGGAUCCCUUCCAACUCUACAAUUCGAUGAAUUCCGUCUUUCUGUCUUCCAGGGCAGAGGAAGGAGGUGCAGGCCCGAGCCGUCUUCUACCCUCUGCUGGGGAUGGGCAGUGCGGUGAACAUGUGCUACAGGACCCUCUACAUUGGGACAGGCAAGGGCUAACUCACUGGGGGACUAGCUCGCCUCCCACCAAGGGAGGGGAGAAGCUACGUGUGUGCUCAGCAGCCUCCUGGCUGCCAAAUUGGCUGGGGAAGCGGGGUCCGCUUGCAAGUUGCUGCAGCUGCUCUCACCGGAAGCUAGUAACUGGGGUGGUGGGGUAACCCUGAGCCUUCUGGGAGUGGGUGUGCUUUCAUCUCAGCUUCUGCCGUGGUCCUUUCCUGCUUCCUGUGGCUUUUGGUGGAGGUCUGGCUGCAUCCGAGCCGCCGACGCUCAAGAGAAUUUCUGUCUCCCUCCUUCCUUUGCGCAGGAGCUGACAUGGACGUGUGCCUUACAAACUACGGUCACUGCAACUACGUCUCGGGCAAGCACGCCUGCAUCUUCUACGACGAGGUGAGUCGCGCAGUGCUGCCGCCCGGGAGAGUGGCUUGAUUUGGAGGCAGGUAGAGAGCAGAGAGAGAAAGAGAGGAAGCGGCCUUCUGGGCAUCCUUGCCACCAACACUUCCCGUCCAGGGUGUGACUCUGUCUCCCUUUCCCUCUGCCCCAGAACACCAAGCACUACGAGCUGCUCAACUACAGCGAGCACGGCACAACGGUGGACAACGUCCUGUAUUCCUGCGACUUCUCUGAGAAGACGGCGCUCGUCCCGGCCAGCAGCAUGGUUGCCAAAGUACAGAGCGUGAUCAGUAAGUUUGCAGCCUCUCCUGAGCACCAGAGACAAAGCAAUACCAGAAUCCCACACAAGGGCAACUUGCAUAGGCAGGAGAGCCCCAGUCUGCAUGCCUUUCUCUCUCUCUUUUACACAAGCAUUGCUUCUAGUCCAGGCUUCCUCAACCUCGGCCCUCCAGAUGUUUCCCAUCAUCCCUAACCACUGGUCCUGCUAGCUAGGGACCAUGGGAGUUAAUAAUACAUAAUAAUAAAAUUUUAUUUAUAUUCUGCCCUCCCCAGUGAAGCUGGGCUCAGAGUGGCUAACAACAGUAAAAUAAUACAGCAUUAUAAAAUCAGUUCAAAUCAAAUUAAUGGCAACCAUUGGGCUAGAGUUCUGUGAGGAAUUAACAAAGGAGGGGGUCAGGCUGUGCCUUGGCCAAAGGCCUGGUGGAACAGCUCUGUCCUCUGUUGUAGGCCAAAAACAUCUGGAGGGCCGAGGCUGAGGAAGCCUGUUCUAGUCCUUAGAUGGCUGCACUGGUGUGAGUGUGUAGACAUUGCUCUGCUUAAAAAUCAGAAGCCAGAGGGAUGGUUAAAUCCGGUAUUGAGGAGUGGUGGGGAUGGGAGGUUCAGCACCUUUUUGAAGCAAGGUGCCCAGGAUUGUGCCCAGGAUUCCCAAGGCGAUGGCACCACAUACCGUACUUUUCGCUCUAUAAGACCCACUAUUCCCCUCCUAAAAAGUAAGGGGAAAUGUGUGUGUGUCUUAUGGAGCGAAUGCAGGCAGGAGGUUCUGCUCAGCACUCCCUUUAAAGAGCCGCACACACACUCCACAUGCUCUUUAAAGGGAGCGCGGCUCUUGGGGGAGCCUUAGCCGCGCGCAGCCUCUCCCCGGCAGGAGAUGAAGGCUCCUAUUGCUGGGGAGAGGCUGCACAUGGCUAAGCCAGAAGCCAGGACAGCCAGCGGGAUCGCAGUGCAGUGAUCCCGCUUGCUGUCCUGGCUUCUGGGAUUCAGAAUUUUUUGUUUGUUUUCCUCUUCCAAAAACUAGGUGCAUCCUAUGGUCUGGUGCAUCUUAUAGAGCGAAAAAUAUGGUAUUUGUGCAAUGGCAUUAUGGUGCUGGCAGUUUUGUUUUCAAUCUCUCGCACGGCCCUUUCCGCCUUUGCCCACUGUGCCUCUCUUCCUGUAUUCCAGAGCGACACAAGAGCCGAAAGCAGCAGCAGCUGCAGCCGCCGCCCCCUGAGGAGGAGCAGCCCCCAAGCGAAGAGGCAGCGGUGAUGCGGUCCCAGGCCCAGGGCCCGUCCCCCAAGCCCUGCAACUGCAAAGCCAGCAGCUCCAGCCUCAUUGGGGGCAGCGGGGCCGGCUGGGAGGGGACGGCCCUCCUGCACCACGGCAGCUACAUCAAGCUGGGCUGCCUGCAGUUCGUCUUCAGCAUCACGGAGUUUGCGACCAAACAGCCCAGGGGAGGAGAUGCCGCCGCGGCCUUAGCACAAGAGAGGGACUUGGAGGAGAAGCUGUCCCCAAAGGCCCAGCAGGUCCCUGUGCUGCGCUCAAAUUCAGUGCCCUAGGAGGAGGCAAGGACCGAGGGAGGGAGGGGUUGGACAAGGAACAAUAAAUCCUCCCUCCCAAGAUCGAGAGACUCUCUCGCAGACACAUUGUGCACAGGAUUCCCUUUGAUGUACACGAACCAUGUCUUGUCCGGAUUCCCAACCCUCAACGUGGGCCACAGACUGUUGACGCCCUUUGCAUGAGAUGAAGAACUUUUAAUUUUUAUUAUUAAUAUUAUUAUUAUUAUUGUUUGCUCAAGUUUUUAGGGGCAUUUGCACAUAUAUUUGUACUAUACAUUUCAUUUAAAAAAAGAAAAGGAAAGGAAUUAACUGCAGCGUGUUGGGAGGCCGUGCUGGGGCAGAGCCGGCGAGAGGGGGCCGGGAGGGGAGGGGAGGGGGUCGUUGACAUUGCCCCCCAGGCAAGCCUGCUCCCCUUUGCAGUUGUAAAAUAAUCCCAAAAAAACCUGUUCUAUUUUGUGCCAGUGACAAUAGUUUUUAUAUUAAAGAGAAAAAGAGAAAUACAGUUUUCAUACAGCAAAAAUCUAUUCAAUUAUCAUUGUUUUAUUUAAUGUAAAGGUGCGCUAUCGUCCUGCAAGAUUUAUUUUCUUCCCCCCGCCCUUUCCAACCUCCUGUGCCCCCCCUUCUCUCCCCCUUCCUGCUGCAGUUGCAAUUCUGCGUAUUGUGUGUGUGGCAGGAAGCGAGUUCCGAUUUCCUGCCACCCACCCUGUUUCGUUCCCGCCCCCCUUUUAGAUGAUGGAGAAGUAUUUGGGGUUCUGUGUAAAUACAUCCACUGACAGCGUUUUUCUCUCCCCCCGCCACCCCCCUCCCCCCCACUGUGUUUUUUAAGCUGUGUACGUGUGGGUUAUGACGUUUUUCCUCCAGUUGUCUUAAUUGUAGCAAAGCGUUUCUUUGUCGUAAGCCUCCUUUUCCCCUCCCUUUUGUUCCGGAAACUUCCCUCCCACCCCCCCACCCCCCCGCAGCUAAGUUCUGAUGUACAGAAGUAAAUUGCUAUGUUUUAGGCUUUACGGAAACUUUUUUCCUCUCUCCUGUAUUCUGUAUAUAAAACAAAAACUAUGGCACUCGUCGCUGUCUGCCUGUCUCUGGAAAUUCCCUGCCAUCAGCAAGAAAAGUUCCGUCGGCUUUUGGGGGUUCCUGUAGGCAAAUGUCCCUGUGGGGGGGGGGUUCCUUCCUUCCUCCCCACCCCCACCCCCGGGUCACAAGGUGGGUCUCCUUUUGCGCCUGCGCUGUCAGACGGAAGCCAACCGCUUCUCCUUCACUGUGUGAAGAUUCAGCCAAAAGUGGGAUCUGAGGACUGUCUCCCCGUUCCUGGUUGUGCACAGGGUGCCAACUUAGGGUGCCCCUUCCCUCCCCCCCCACAACAGGGUAUAUACUUGUAGGGCAUUGUGGAACAAAAACAGCACCUCUGGCACCCAGAGGCUAUAUUGGGGGGGUUAUGGGGGG